AUGUCCAUGAACCGCACACCUACCCCCUCGUUCGACGCUACCGCGAUCCGCGAAGCGAGGGAAGUCAGCGCGAGUGGCGGAGGCGAGCGGUCCCGAUCCAACUCUAUCACUGCUCCCCGUCCCCAAGCGUACCCUCUCAUCCGUAGCACCACCUCCCCGUACCCCUCUCACGCUGGGGUGCCCAAGAGCUCUUCCCCGCUCGCCAAGCCCGCAGUCACUCGAGCUCCAGCCCCAGCUCCCGCUGCCCCCGCCGCCGAGGUCUCCACCUCUGCCUCUACUCAUGGCCCCACUACGACCCAAUCAGCUGCGCCUGCUCCUGCUCCCCUCGCUGAAUCUACUGGACGCUUCCUUCCCCAGGUCCCGGGCGGCAGCGUGAUCGAUCCUGAGCUCACGGCACUCGACUCCAAGCCUGACAUCACUGCCCUCUUCCCGGACUCUGCCGUCGAAGCCCUCACCGACCAGUCCAUCACCAACCUGAACUUCACUGCUCCCCUUGACAUUCCCUUCCAAGCUCCUCUCUUUGACCUGUCGUCCAGCAACCCCUCGGUCUCUUUCGGACAAGACACCAUCAUCCCCUCUGCGCCCAACGCGGCCGAUCUACUCGCUCGUCACCCUCUGACACUCCAGACCGCACUUGACGCGCACCGCUUCUCGAUCAACCAGAACCUGACACACAGUGAUCCGUCGUCGACUACCACGUCUUACCCACCUUCCGUGCCCGUCUCGCAGUUUUCCAGUCAGAAUGCUUCGCCUGUUACGCCCUCGGAUGGGCAGUCUGCGGUGUUUGACUCCACACUGACCAGUCCCGUCGUCGGAGGCGGGAGCGACACCAGCGGUGGCAAAGCAGGUGGUGUGCCCGCUCCCAGAGCCAAGAAGUCCCACGCAAGGAAGCAACCUGAAGGUCACAUCAAGCGCGCCCGAAACGCGUUCAUCCUCUUCCGCAAGCACAUCACCGACUCGAACCUCAUCCCGCCGUCCGUCGAGGUCAAGCACCAGAACAUCUCGGUCGUGGCUGCCAAGAUGUGGAAAGAGGCGCCCCAGGACGUGCGGGCCAAGUUCCAGGAGAUGGCCCGGAUCGAGAAGGAGGAGCAUCAGAGGCUUUACCCUGGGUACAGGUACCAGCCGGUCUUUCGCCGUACUGAUAUCAUCCGGCGAAGGGUCAGGAAGGACGGUACGGAGGAUGAGAAGGUGGAAGCUGUGGCUGAGGCGCUGAUCAAGGGCAAGGCGGGCGGGGAGCUCGAGAAGGAGAUCAAGGAGCAGGCUUUGGUCGGUGAUGAGGUGGAUACAAGCCCCGAGAGCAGUGCCGCGAGAUCAAGGAGCCGCCGUCGCCGUGAUCCCGGUCAGCUGUCCAAGGGCGCCCAGCGAGCUCAGAAGGCACAAACCCGAGCCAAGCAGCUCCGGCAGAACCUUCUCGGCCACAACCUGCUCAACAUGUCGCUCUACAAUGCCGCCCAGCAGCAACACCAGCAACAGCAGCGCGCGGCAGCUGCUCAUGCCCACGCUCAGGCUCAGCACGCUCAUGCCCAAGCUCAGGCACAAGGUCAUCCCGGCUACUACGGCCACGCACAGGCUUACCCGGGGUACGGUGGACAAGAUUACAUGCCUGCUCCUGCGGGGUAUGAGGUCGAUCCACGAGCUCACGGGAUGGUAUCGGUCGACCCUUAUGCUCAUGCUCACGCUGGGCAUGGGUACGGGUACGUCUAUCCUCAAGAGUACGCGGAAGAGUAUCACGGCGUCCCGCGCUACGACGAGCCCGCAUACGAUGUUGGCGCGAUGGACUACUACGGGCACCCUCACGCUCCGGAGCAAGAGCACCCCGAUCCGGCCUACAACGCUCACCUGCACGCCCAUGCUCAUGCCCAAGCUCACGGCCUCCCGCACCCCGACCAAGCCUAUAUGCAGGGGUACGAGGCGCAAAAGGCCUACCGCCUCCCCCCGCUGCUCCAUCAGUCCCCUACCGAGCCAUCCGGCGCCUUGCCCAGUCCUGCCCUGCCGGGCAGCCUGCACGCUAGGGUCGAAGAUGAUGUUGCGGGCGGAGACGACCCAAGAGUCCGAGACUGGGGGGUGGCGGAGCAGCAGACGCCAAGUGGGCACGUCGUGUUCAAUGAGAAUCUGUUUGAUGGCGCGUUGACGAAGGAUGAGGGGUUGGGGGACUUUGAUCAGGCCGUAGAGCAGGCGAAUGAGAUGUGGUGA